AGAGUCUGGCUUGCCGAGUCAUCAAGCUAACCCUCUUCUGAUACCAGGGAAGCAUCACAUUGCAACACUGCUCAUUCGACAUCACCAUGAAGCCACCCAGCACCAAGGAAGACACUUCACUGAAGGGGCUGUGAGAGCAAGUGGCUUAUGGGUAGUUGGUUCUAAGAGGUCUAUCAGCAGUGUAAUCCACAAAUGUGUCACCUGCAGAAAGCUUCGAGGUAGAACAGAGCAGCAAAUCAUGUCUGACUUACCUGCCGAACGUCUUCAGACGGACCCCCCGUUCUCUUAUGUUGGCCUCGAUGUAUUUGGACCGUGGGAGGUUUCAACACGCCGCACCAAAGGUGGUCAAGCAAACAGUAAGAGAUGGGCAGUCUUGUUCACUUGCAUGUCUACACGGGCUGUUCAUAUUGAAGUGAUUGAAACUCUCAGCUCUUCCAGUUUCAUCAAUGCUCUUCGCAGGUUCUUUGCGAUCAGAGGCCCGGCUAAGCAGUUGAGGUCAGAUUGCGGAACCAAUUUUAUUGGUGCCUCCAAGGACCUAAAGUUGUAUUCCCCAAAGCCUGGUGAGACAAGUGUGGAUGACUACCUACGCAAGCAGAGGUGUUCCUGGGUGUUUAAUGCGCCUCACUCCUCUCACAUGGGUGGCGCCUGGGAGCGUAUGAUAGGCAUCUCACGACGCAUCCUAGACUCGAUGCUCCUACAAGCAGGAAACCCUACACUAACUCACGAGGUCCUGACAACGUUAAUGGCGGAAGUCACGGCUAUUAUCAACGCAAGGCCCUUGGUACCCGUUUCCUCGGAUCCAGACGCUCCCUUAAUCCUGACCCCUUCAGCUCUGCUCACCCAGAAGGUCGAUCCGAUCCCAACUCCACCUGUGGAUUUUACCAAGGCCGACAUAUAUACACGUCAGUGGAAGAGAGUUCAAGCCCUUGCCGACACAUUCUGGGCCAGGUGGCAGAGGGAGUACCUUCACAUGCUCCAAGGUCGUCAGAAAUGGCAGCGCAGCAGACCAAACUUGAAGGAAGGAGAUGUUGUUCUUCUGAAGGACAAGCAACUAAAAAGAAAUGAGUGGCCUAUGGGUGUCAUCGUGAAGACACUUCCAAGCAGAGAUGGAGUUGUCAGAAAGAUGGAAGUGAAGGUGACACGUGACAAGAUUGCGAAGAUAUUCUGUAGACCCAUUUCGGACUGUAUCCUUCUUCUGAGAGAUUGGUCUAACAUCUAAUCUAAAUAGUGGCAUACUUAAAAUAAUGCCAGGCGGGGAGUGUAUUGGAACUGUUGGUAUGGUUAUUUCUCCAGGCCUAUAGGGGGCGCAGGUUUGCACAGUUUGCUAUGUUGAGCCAAUUAGUUACUAGAAGAAGUGUGAUAGGAAGUGUUGCUCAUGGGUGAAGCAAGACAUGGUGUGUUUCUUCCGAUCCAAAGCCAUCCACUCCGUUAAAUCCCUUUGAGUGGCAAUAUGAGUAAGUUUAUUAAUUAUAUUUACUUUUAAGACAAGGUAUAUGACAUUUUUUGAAGUGAUUUGGAAACGUUUGAUGUGUUUUAUAUGUCCACAUAAGUUCAACCAAAGCUAAUGUUUAUGUGACAUUGCUGUAUUCUGUAUCAUUUCAGUUUCACACUUUUUUGCAUUAAAUCCUGUCCAAAUACAACACGUGCCUGUUCCUUGGAGGAAGUGAUGCAAGAGAGAGUUUAGCUGGCUGUGAAUCUCAAUAUAGGACACUGGGUCACAUUGGGUGCAA